UGCUAAACCCUUGUAUUAACUUUUUUCUGAGGUUUUAGCAGCAAAGCAACAAUGGCGAAAACUGCAAAAACAAGCAAGAGCGACAGUUCAUCAAAGAAGAAGAAGAUGAAGAAGAGUUGCAAGUCAGGUCCUAAAGCCAAAGACAUGAAGCUCAAAGCUCCAAAAGAGAACCCUUUCGAAACAAUUUGGUCACGACGCAAAUUUGAUAUACUUGGGAAGAAACGCAAGGGUGAACAGCGACGAAUUGGUGAAGCUCGUUCUUCCGCCAUUGAAAAGAGGAAGAAGACGCUUUUGAAGGAGUAUGAGCAAAGUGCGAAAUCAUCUAUGUUUGUUGAUAAGCGUAUUGGAGAGAAUGAUGAAGGACUUGGUGAAUUUGAUAAAGCCAUUAUGAGGUCUCAGCGUGAGAGGCAGGUGAAAUUGAAGAAAAACAAGUAUAACCUAUCAGACGAGGAUGAAGAGGACUUUGAAAUUGGUGCCUCAUUGGGAAGAGAUGAUUUUGAUGAAGAAGUCCCAUUUGAUGAGGAUGAGGAGGGUUAUGGGAGAGAUGAUAAGUCAGCUAUCUCGGGACAACUUAACUUUCAUGGAUCUCAGAAUGCCCAAACAGGUCCUAUGGAAGCAGAGGAAAAUAGGAAGAAAAGCAAGAAAGAAGUAAUGGAGGAAAUCAUUCAAAAGAGUAAAUUCUUUAAGGCCCAAAAAGCGAAGGACAGAGAAGAAAAUGAUGAAUUAACUGAACAAUUGGACAAAGACUUCACAUCACUGGUGAAUUCGAAAGCCUUAUUGUCGCUGACCCAACCAGACAAGAUACAUGCUCUGAAGGCUCUUGUGAACAAGAACAUUCCAGUUGGUAAUGUGAAGAAAGAUGAGGUAGCUGAUGCUCCCAGAAAAGGACCUAUUGGAAAGGAAAAGCCCGACACUUAUGAGAUGCUUGUUAGUGAGAUGGCACUGGAUAUUCGUGCUCGCCCAUCAAACCGGACAAAGACUCCAGAAGAAAUUGCACAGGAGGAGAAAGAGCGGCUGGAAUUGUUGGAGCAAGAACGUCAGAAGAGAAUGGCUGCUGCUGAUGAUGGGAGUGAUGAAGAUGGCAACGCAUCUGAUGAUGACAGCAAAUUAAUCAAAGACCCAAGGACUAUAUCUGGCGAUGAUCUUGGGGACGAUCUUGAGGAGGCGCCUGGAACUAAGUUGGGGUGGAUUGCUGAAAUCUUGAGUAAGAAAGAAAGUGAACUUGAGGGUGAAGAUGCUGCUUCUACUGGGGAUUCAGAGAGUGAAGAGGACGAUGGUGAGGAUGAAGGAAGUGAUGAUGGUGAGGACGAAGGAAGUGACGAUGGGGAAGAUGAAGAAAGUGAUGAGUCUGAUGAAGAACAAGGAAAGACACAGACUAUUAAGGACUGGGAGCAAAGUGACGAUGAUAUUAUUGAUACUGAGGAAGAGGAUGAUGAUGAAGGUUCUGGUGAUGAUGCUAAGAAGGUGAUGAAAAUAAAGGACCACAAGCAGGUUGCCGUCAAGGGAAAAGAAGUUGGCACUUUGCAAACCAAAAAAGAAAAAACGACAGUGAAACAUCAACAAAGCGAACUUCCCUAUACAAUUGAAGCCCCUAAAACCCUGGAGGAGUUUACUUCAUUGAUAGACAAUUGUUCUGAUGAUCAAGUAAUUGAAGCAAUCAAGAGAAUUCGUGCAUUCAAUGCAAUAACUGUUGCGGCAGAGAAUAAAAAGAAAAUGCAAGUCUUUUACGGGGUGUUGCUGCAAUAUUUUGCUGUGUUGGCAAAUAAGAAGCCAUUGAAUUUCAAGCUUUUGAACUUGCUUGUAAAGCCUCUGAUGGAGAUGAGUGCAGCGACCCCAUACUUUGCAGCUAUAUGUGCUCGCCAAAGGCUACAAAGAACAAGGACACAGUUUUGUGAAGAUAUCAAGCUUACAGGAAAAAACAGUUGGCCAUCUUUGAAGACCAUCUUUCUGUUGAAGCUUUGGUCCAUGAUAUUUCCAUGCUCUGAUUUUCGCCAUUGUGUCAUGACUCCUGCUAUACUGCUUAUGUGUGAAUACCUAAUGCGGUGUCCCAUCAUUUGCGGAAGAGAUAUGGCAAUUGCUUCCUUCUUGUGCUCUUUGCUGCUAAGUAUAACUAAACAAUCUCAGAAGUUUUGUCCUGAGGCUAUAGUAUUUCUUCAAACUUUGCUGAUGGCAGCUUUGGACAAGGAACAUCGAUCUGAAAAUAUACAGUUGAAUAACCUUAUGGAGAUCAAAGAACUCGAACCUUUGCUUUGCAUACACAGUAGCAACGUGGAGAUCAAUUCUUUAGAUUUUCUUGAGCUAGUGGAUUUACCAGAGGACUCUCAGUAUUUCCAGUCUGAUAAUUACAGGGCUAGCAUGCUUGUAACAGUUUUGGAAACCCUGCAAGGAUUUGUCAAUGUAUAUAAGGAACUUAUUUCUUUUCCUGAGAUCUUCACUCCAAUUUCAAAAUUAUUAUGCAAAUUGGCCGGAGAAAAUCAUAUUCCAGAGGCAUUAAGGGAGAAAAUGAAGGAUGUAUCUCAAUUAAUUGACACAGAGUCUCAGGAACAUCACAUGCUGCGUCAACCUUUGAAAAUGCGGAAGAAAAAACCUGUACCCAUCAGGAUGGUUAAUCCGAAAUUUGAGGAGAACUAUGUCAAGGGUAGAGAUUAUGAUCCAGAUCGUGAACGUGCUGAAAAGAAAAAGUUGAGGAAACGUAUAAAGGAGGAAGCUAAAGUUGCUGUCCGUGAACUACGCAAGGACAAUGAGUUCUUGUCCAAGGCGAAGGAAAGGGAAAGAGCUCUACUUGCCGCAGAAAAGGCUGAGAAGUAUGGGAAAGAUCUGGCUUUUCUUCAAGAACAAGAGCACGCGUUUAAAUCAGGGCAAUUGGGAAAGGGAAAAGGACAGAAGAGAAGGAGAUGAAAUUAGCUUUUGGUUGUUACUUGAAAAUCUGAUCUUCAAAAGUUUCCCAUCUUUUGGUAUGGAUUUGUUCCUUUCCUUGGCUUUGUUAUAUUCUGAAUUCCCACUGAAUUCCAGUCAAAAUCAUGUAGGGGAAUCCCCCAUCCCCAGCCACACACACACAAACCUAUAUGUAUUCAU